AUGUCAGACGACGAAGGAUUCGAUAUUGCUGGUUCUCUUGCCUUAAAGGAAAACGAUGACUAUUCAUCCGACGAUUCCUCUUCAGAACAAGAAAUCCAAGACGAAAUUGAAUAUCUGGAAGAUGAAGAAGAGGAAGCAAAACCACCACCAAAGAAGAAAUCAAAGCCAAAUGCCACCACCACUCCUGCAUUCCCAUCACUUGAAUUAUCAGAUGGAGAAGAAGAUGAAGGUGAUGAUAUAUUAAGUUCAUAUUUCGUUGCUAAUAACCCAACUGCCAAAAAGGCUAAGGCAGGAUCAUUUGCUUCAUUUGGGUUUUCAAAAUUCUUAUUAACCAAUAUUGCCAAAAAAGGAUAUAGACAACCAACCCCUAUUCAAAGAAAAACGAUUCCAUUGGUUAUGGAAACCCGAGAUGUUGUGGGUAUGGCCCGUACUGGGUCGGGUAAGACCGCUGCUUUUGUAUUACCAUUAAUUGAAACCUUGAAGCUGAGACUGGCCGCCGGUGUUCGUGCGAUUAUUUUAUCUCCAUCCAGAGAAUUGGCUUUACAAACUUACAAGCAAGUCAAGGAAUUUAGUCAUGGGACUAAUUUACAAUCCAUUGUGUUAAUUGGGGGUGAUUCAUUAGAAGAAGAUUUUUCCAAAAUGAUGACAAAACCAGAUAUCAUUGUCUGUACCCCAGGUAGAUUUUUACAUUUGAAAGUUGAGAUGGAUUACGAUUUAAUGAGUGUUCAAUAUAUUGUUUUUGAUGAAGCUGAUAGAUUAUUCGAAAUGGGUUUUGCUCCUCAGUUAAAUGAAUUAUUGGCAGCAUUGCCAAGUAAUAGACAAUCACUUUUGUUUUCUGCAACAUUACCUAGAUCUUUGGUUGAUUUUGCCAAAGCGGGUUUAACAAAUCCAGUUUUGGUCAGAUUGGAUGCAGAAAGUAAAAUAUCAGAUCAAUUACAAAUGGCAUACUUCACUACCAAAAAGAAUGAAAGAGAAGCCAAUUUGAUGUAUGUAUUACAAGAAGUCAUUAAGAUGCCAUUAGGUACCCCUGAACAAAUCAAGAAAUUACAAGAUAUAGAUAAGAGACAAGUAGAAUCUGAUGAAGAAGAGGAAGAUGAUAAAGGAAAGAAGCGUAAAUUCAAAUUCAAGAAAGAAAGAAUGCCUUCCGCAAACACAUUACCAUCCGAACAUUCCACAAUCAUCUUCGUACCUACAAAACAUCAUGUCGAGUACGUAACCAGAUUAUUAAGAGAUGCAGGAUACUUAGUUUCAUAUAUCUAUGGUACUUUGGAUCAACAUGCCAGAAAACAUCAACUUUAUCAAUUUAGAAUUGGAUUAACUCACAUCUUGGUUGUUACUGAUGUUGCUGCGAGAGGUAUUGAUAUUCCUGUUUUAGCAAAUGUGAUUAAUUUCACCUUGCCUGGUUCCUCCAAGAUUUUUAUUCAUAGAGUUGGUAGAACUGCAAGAGCAGGGAAUAAAGGUUGGGCUUAUUCUAUUGUUAAUGAAAAGGAAUUACCUUAUUUAUUAGAUUUGGAAUUAUUUUUGGGUAGAAAAGUAUUAUUGACAUCAAUGCAUGAAUCCAAAUGUGAAGUCUUAAAGAAAAAGCAAGGUGAUUCGUAUGUUGAACCAAAAGUAAACUAUGCCGAAAGAUUAGUGGUUGGUUCAAUUCCAAGACUUGAUUUGGAAACCUUUCAAGAAUUAUAUGAGAAUUUAGUCAGGAAUGAUUAUGAAUUAAAAGUGUUGAAGGAUGUUGCUGCCAAGGGGGAGAAAUUAUAUCAUAGAACAAGACAAGCUGCUUCGCAAGAAUCUCUUAAAAGAAGCAAAGAAAUCAUGGAUACUGGUUCAUGGGAUGAACAACAUUUAUUAUUUGGUCCAAAUCUUGAAAAGCAAAAACUUGAUCUUUUAGCAAAAUUACAGAAUAGAAAUCUUAAAGAAACUGUUUUUGAAUUUAACAAAAAGGGUAAUGACAAGGAUGAAAAUAGUCUUGUCGAAUUCAUGAAUAGAAGAAGACGUCAAUUAGCACCUAUACAACGUAAAGCAAAAGAGCGUCGUGAAUUAUUACAAAAGGAAAGAAUCGCAGGGUUGACUCAUGGUAUCGAAGAUGAAAUCUUACAAGAAGAAGGUGAAACUAAAGGUUAUCAAGCCGAUGAGAAUGAAUUACAAGAUAUUUUUGAAGAUGCAGAUAAGAUAUCAAAUAAGAAAUCAUACCGUGAUCCUCAAUUUUUCCUUAGUCAUUAUGCUCCAGCUUCUGUUAUUCAAGAUCAACAAUUAUCAAUCUCUUCAUCGUUUGCAAAUGAUGCUCAGGCUGCUACUUUUGAUUUAGAUAAUGAUGAUAAAACUCAAAAGAAUAAACAAGUCAUGCAAUGGGAUAGAAAGAAGGGUAAAUAUAUCAAUUCUACUUCAACUGAUAAGAAAUAUAUUAUUGGUGAAAGUGGGCAAAAGAUUCCAGCUACUUUCAAAUCAGGUAAGUUUGAAGAAUGGAGAAAACAAAGAAAUCUUAAGCCUACAAGUUCAGUCGAUACUGGUAACAAUGAAGGAAAUGAUAGUAAUAAACGAUUCAAACAUAAGAAACAACAAGCUCCUAGACUUCCAGAUAAGUAUAGAGACGAUUUCCAUAAACAAAAGAAGAAGGUUGACAAGGCAGUUGAUUCAGGUAUGAGAGUUAGGGGAUACAAUAAGCCAGGACAACAACAAGAACUUAAAUCUACUGAACAAAUUAGAAAGGCUAGAUUACUUAAAGAAAAGAGGAGAGCAAAGAAUGCUCGUCCAAGUAGAAAGAGAUAA